AUGAUCCAAAAAAAACGACCAACUGCUAUUGAAAUAGAAAAAAUUUUAAAAUUCUAUGAAGAAGGUUUUUCAAAAACAAUCAAUUCAAAUGCUUAUAAAAACAUGGAUUUAAAACAAAAAAAUAAAGGAAAAAUGCAAGGUCUUAUUAAAGAAAAAAUUUCUCAAAAUAUCGUACGAGAAAUUCCAAUAGAAAUUAGAAAUAAAAAAGAACAACAACCAAUAUCUGAUGAACCAUUAAAUGAAAAAUGUCAAGUGAAUUAA